UGCAUACAAUUUUGAAACCUUGUUUUGUACUACUACCAAAAGCAAUUGUACAAUAAAAUCAGUUAACUGGAUUUUACUGGAAAUUUCACUGGUGCAGUAAUAUAUUGUUGUCACACAACUGUGAAUAUUACAAACAGCAUUCUUCACUCUGAUUAGAUAUUGUAGAAUUCUAUUAAAAGCAGUUGUUUGUGGGGGACAGUAAUGUCUGAUCUAGAGAGGUGUAGAAAAGGAGGCUUGGGCUGUGGAUUUCAAAACUGGUUGGUUUUGGGGAGCUUGAGUCUACUUCAGUAAUGACUUGAGGGAUCAUGUAUGGCAGCAAGAAAAGAAAAUAUAAUUUCUCUGUUUUGUAAAUAUUGCAAGAUAGUGAUGGAACUAACAGGAUGUUGUAAGGGUGAAUUUAGAAAUUCUGACCUUUUAAGGGAGGUGGUCUGUGAGUUUUUUUCUUCUAUCAAGUGAGAAAUACAUACAAGCAUGCAUCUCCUCUGGCUGAAUAGAUUGUGUUCAUUACAGCAUUCCUGUUCAUUCUGUUCUCUUCUGCAUUCUCAGAAUUGCAUUUUCUUAGAGAAAGGCCAAGAUAAUGCAAACUGUAAAAUUAUACCCUCCCAUUCCCAACUUUAAGCAUUAUAUCUCUAAUGAUGCUAAAUCAACUGAUAGCUGUUAGUCAGUGAGGUGACUAUAAAUAAAGUUCAUUUUUUGUUUUGGUUUUGUUUAAAAAAUGCUUGGAAGAUGCUUGCAGUAUUCAACACAACUCAGAUAAUAAUAGUGGCUAUGUUGCUCAUGUAAGAAACUGCAAAAUCAUGAAUAUCUGUAACAUACAACUGCCUGGUUUACUCAGGGGCUAGGCUGGAGGAUGGGAGAAUUGUCUAUCUCCUCUGAUUUCAGCCAAGGUAAAUAAUCUGAUAACAGAAUGCCCUUUAAACUUGGGACUCUGGAGGUUGUGAGGGGACAGUGGAUCAGCAAGUUUAAAUUGUUCCAUAAGCUUGUUACCUGAUUUCACUGUAAAAUGAUAAAUUACAGAUGGCAAAGUGUGUCAAAUGGAAGUAGAAUCCUGCCAGUCUAGUGCUAAGGUCUUUGGAAAACUAAUGUCAAUGAAAAUAGUUUUUUCAGUGAAUUAACUUGUUACAAAACACCAUAGACAUCAAGGCAUUUGUUGAAUACCUUUGAAAAUUCAGUUAAUUAUUUACAAAAGUAAUACUUAGGGAGUUUUCACAGGUGGUGGAAACUGUAGAUGGAGAGAGUAAUGAAGAUGAGAUUUAAAAGCUGUUUUAUCUUCCUAGUUACGGUGUGUUCAGGCAAACUCUUUGCAGAAGAUACACCUUGUGAUUUGCCACAGCUAGAAAAUGGAAACCUUCCCCAGUACUAUUACAGUUUCAAAAGUUACUAUUUCCCUAUGCAUAAAGGAAAAAAGCUCUCCUAUUCUUGUGUGGUUGGCUACACAACUGAAAGUGGGACUCAAGAGGGAAGAAUAACUUGCACAGCAAAAGGAUGGUCUCCAGUGCCACGAUGCUACAGAAAAUGCACCAAGCCUCUUUUGGAAAAUGGCUCUUUUUACAGUACAGAAAUGGACUUCAAAAUCCAUGAGAAAUUGCAAUACAAAUGUAACCCAGGCUACCACACCCCAAGUGGUGCUACUGAAGAUACAGUGCAGUGUCAGCCACAAGGAUGGUCCUUCCAGCCGAGCUGUACUAAAAAACUUGAGUCGUGCCAGGUGCCCAGGCUGCGCCACGGCAGCUACCCGGGUGCGGAGCGGGAGGUGCGGCUGAACGGGACGCUGCGGUACCGCUGCGAGCAGGGGUUCCGCACGGCGGCAGGGAGCGCCUCCGAGACCGCGCUGUGCCUCGCACACGGCUGGGCCCGCGCCCCCAGCUGCACCAGAAUAACUUGCUCCACUUUGAGUGAAGUAGUUCAUGGAGGGUUCUAUCCUAUGAAGAAAGUCUAUGAAGAAGGAGAUGUUGUUCACUUCUUCUGUGACAGGCAUUAUUCUCUCACUGGAUUUGAUUUAAUUCAAUGCUAUGAUUUUGGGUGGUAUCCAGACCCUCCAGUGUGUGAAGAUGUAAAAAAUAAAUGUCCUCCACCACCACUUCCUCGUGGCCAUUUCAGCACAGCCAGAAGGACGUAUCAUAAUGGAGACAAAGUUCUUGUACAGUGUACCUUGGGAAGGAAGGGCUCUGAGGAAAUCCAAUGUGAAGGAGGAAAAUGGACAUCACCCUCUAUCUGUAAUGGAACUGUGGAUAAACUGGAAUCUGGGGCAUCACCACUACUUGAGGAAGAUGCGGAAAUAAGGGCAAGCCAAGCAAGUCACAGUGAAGACAUGAAAAUGCAACAAGAUUGUGCCUCUCCACCUGUGAUUAAAAAUGGGGGUGUCCUGGGCCCAUUGUUGGCAAGUUACAAAAAUGGCUCCUGGGUAGAAUAUGGCUGUCAGCAUUACCACUUUUUGGAUGGACCCAGUAUUGUUUAUUGUGACCAUGGAAACUGGACAGAGCAACCAACCUGCUUAGAACCAUGUAUUCUUAAUGUAACUGAUAUGGACAGCAACAACUUAACAUUGAAAUGGAGACGGGAAAAAUUAAUUUUCCUACAUGGAGAUCUCAUCGAGUUUGAAUGUAAACAGGGAUAUGAUUUUCUCCAGACUGCCAGUCCAUCUCCUGGGAGGACACAGUGUGACCAUGGCAGACUGAAAUAUCCAAAAUGUGUUAUUCAAGCUGCUACAGAAAAAUGUGGCUCUCCACCCUCCAUUGCAAAUGGAGCUCUUACUGUCCCAGUGCUGCCCCAGUAUGACAGUGGCUCUUCAGUUCAGUAUAUUUGCUCUGACUAUCACUUUUUGCAAGGCUCUGAGAGAAUCUACUGCUCUGAAGGACAAUGGACUUCACCACCAGUUUGUAUAGAGCCGUGCACAUUGUCAAAAACUGAAAUGGAGAAAAAUAAUGUGCUGCUGCAAGCAUUCUAUGCAGACCAAGUUUACUUUUACCACGGGGAUUAUGUUGGAUUUUACUGUAAAGAGAACCAUUUUGGAGCAGAAUCUGGCACAACUUUAUUUCAAGUUCAGUGUAAGAGGGGACAGCUGGUAUAUCCAACGUGUGUUGAAAGAGGAAAGCAAGUAGGAACUUGAGGAAAGCCUGUAGGAAAGGUAUGAACAUAUUCUUUAUUUCUUAUUAAAGGUGAAUUAGGGUGGCCUUGUGUUCUCCAGGUCACUCCACUCAGCUUUGGGAAAUGAGUGCUGAGUCUGAGCUGGAGGGGGCGAAGGGAAAGCCUUUGUGGGAUGAGGAUGAGCAGUGCAGCACAGGGAUGCAAUAUUGGCACACACAUGGAGGAAGCUGGAGGAAGGAGUUGUACAUCUUAACAGCCAUCAUGUCUCCCUUCACAGGUAAGGAGCCUCUAAAGGACUGAGCUUGAGGAGCAACAGAAAACAGCAAGUAGAAAAAAAAAAGUUUUUAAGGGAUCUGUAAAACUACUUAAAACCUAAAAGUACACAAAUUUACUGAGAAGUUAAUUAUUUUUAAAAUUAUUUUAAGAAUAUUAAAAUCCAAAUACUUUGUAUGGUUUCCUAUGACACUUAAACAUUAAACUCUUAAGGUUCUGUCUGAGAACAAGUGUGACUACAUCUAGGAAGAAAAUCCAGGAAUAUGGACAAUGUUUGCCUUGAAUCCAUUUUAGUCUGUUUUAAUAAAAAAGUCACUCUAAGGGUGUCUUCUGUCUUUUAUGUCUAAACUCAUCUGUCUGUGAAAUCAUUGCAUGCAUGGCGCUCUGUAUGGCUUUCCAAGGCUUUUGCAAG